AGUGAGAAUGUUUCCAUUUCAGUUACCAACGGCAUCUAUUUAGAAAGAUGGGACCGGAUAGAUUAUAAGCGUAUACAAUUCCUCCUCACGGACCCUCGUUAUCCAAUGCUGCCAUCGAAAGCAAUAUGUCUUCCUGAUUUCCAGCAACCGCAGAAUUGGGCUGAUUAUUUCGGUGCUCGAGCAAGGACGUAUUUUGUUCCACAGCAGACCGGAAUUUACUACUUCAUGCUCUGUAAGUCCAUUUGACGAUUCGUACUUAAGGAUAUCAGAAAGAAAUUGUUCGUUUAGUUUCGUCUCUAACUACCUGAGGGAAUUACUCAUUCCCGUCUAUUCUCUCUUUACACAUAUAUGUGCUUAUUGUGGUAAGAUUAGAUUUAGGAAAACGUUUUUUACUUUCUUCCUAAAAAAGGCGCCACUAAGCGGCUGACAGAGAAAUUCGUAAGUCGCACUGUGAAGUUUCAAAGUCAUAGUCAUGUAGUGGGCGCCAAAGAAAUGUUUGAAAAAGUCUGAUGCACGUGCAGAACUGUACGCUCAUCAGCCGCUGUACAGGAAAUGAGCCCGCGCUCCUCAUUGCAAAAACAAAGGAGCCCGUUUAACGCCCUUAGCGGCGAGGAGCAAGGAGAAAGGCAUGUAUUCGCAGGCUGGUUUCUUCGAAAGUUCCGGUAAUUUUUCGGACCCUGAAAGCCGUUUCAUGUUUGCCGUGUUUACAUUCAAGAUCGACGUUCUAAUAAUUUUUAAAAUUAUACAAUAAAGCUAUCAGCUAACAAAACAAAAUUGAAUAGUAGCUCACAAACUAUCCAAUUUUUUUUCGUCACCUGAUAUUUUCAUUGUAUCAUUUUCAAAAGUGUUCAUUAUUUAUCCUUGAUUGAAGGGAAGGGGCGCAUUUUCUACGGAUCCACUUUCAAUAUCUUUAAAACUGCCCCCUCAGGCAUCCCCCUAUCCUUUAUAUAAGUGCAAGUAAAUGGUUCAAACGAUGUGAUAUUCAAGAAUUGGUUUGGUCUCACUCUUUUUCCAGAUUUUUUGCUUGGAGCAGUACUGGGCUAGGAGCCUAAUAAUCUCCUGACUGGGCAUCGUAACGUCUGUAAGGUCACUUUCAUUGUCGGUUGAUUCACUGUCAAAAUCACUAUCUGUUAGGUCCUGCAUCAUCAGUGUCAACCUCUGCUAAAACCACAAGUUUCCAGAUUUACUCACCCAGAAUAAACAACAGGUUUCAACCUUUAAGUAAAAGGGGGUGAAAUCUAUAAAGCUCAAACGUUUGAGACAGCCAAGUUAGUGUUCCUUCAGCACAUAGGCACACCCAUAUGACAAUGUAUCUGGGUAGAGUAUCUCUUCACCUCUGAUUCCAGCCUUCAAAUGCUCAAGUGUUGUAAAAUACAUCAGUAUUAUAAUUAUUAUUAUCGUUAUUCAAGUUUGACAUCUACCCCCACUAACUAUGUUGAAACAGAAACGAUCCCCCCAACCCCUUCCUCCCAAGGAAGCACUUCAAACGUUUCUGCCCCUCCUCAUGAUUUCGCCGAGCCCCCCUCCCCCAACGGGAUAAAUAAUGAGGCCUCCCUUAUUGUAAAGGAAGGACUUCAACGUUUCUGCCCGCCCCCCCACUCAUGAUUUUGCCGAGCCCCCCUCCCCCCCUAACGGGAUAAAUAAUGAAGACUCCUUUAUUGUAACUUUGAUCUUGAACUGAUGCAAACACGGCAAACACAAACAGCUUUCAGGGCCCGACAAGUUACCGGGACUUUCGAGAAAUGGGCCAGCCCGGGAGAAUGGCGGAAAUCGAGGCUAAGCCGACGUACCCGCGUUUUGCUCAUAAAAUCACAGGCUGUCCAGACGUAGUGUGUGUCAAUAUAUUAAUAUUCACAUGGACAAAAUGGGAUGAAUCGUCGAAACUCCCAUGAACUAGAAUAGUCCAAAAGUCAAAAUAUAACAAAACAAAGCUAAGAUAACUUUAACUGAACGUCUCGUUCUCCCGGCCGGUUAAAGUGGCAUUUUGUUGAGUUUUACAAUCGUAGGUACUAUCCACUAAAGAACCUACAAUUGCAAAACUCAACAAAAUGCCAUUUUAACCGGCCAGGAAGAAGAAGGAGACGUUCAGUUAAAGUUACCUUAGCUUUGUUUCGUUAUAGUUUGACUCUUGGAUUAUUUUAGUUCAUGGGAGUUUCGACGACUUAUCCGAUUUUGUCCAUGUGAAUAUUAAUAUAUUGACACACAUCUCGUCUUGGCCGCCUGUUAGGCCUUUCCAGAUUCUGCUCGGCAACUUUUUAGCAACUUUUAGGAUUUUGAGCAACUUUGUUGUCAGAGAGCAACUUCUAGCAGCUUUUCGGAAAACUAGCAACUUUUCCGAAAACUGGUAACUUUUGGGCUAUUUUGAACCAAAAUGCUGAAUAACCCCUUUUUUUUGAACAAGUUAAAAUUCUCUUGGUUAAAAUUUUCAACAUCUUUCUAGUAAAACUCAUAUUUUUAUCCUUUGAAUGGGUAUCAUGUGGACGUGGUAAUUAAUUACAAGAAUUGGGUUUGGGUAGCCUCUAGCCCUCAACCUCCUUCCCCCACGAGAAGGGAAAAGCCCUGGGAACGAGGUUGGGAUAGCCUGUGGACUGUGUGUAAACAAAAUGGCGAACGCCACGUUGUCUUCCCGAUUUAGCUGGAUUUGUAAGCCAGAUUGUUACACUUACUGUCUAACUUCAAAGUUUUUGUGACUAGCCACUUAGAUUUAACUAAAGGUUGCCUAAUUUGUUGUAACUAGUUACUUAGUUGUACCUUAAUGUUGAUUGCAAAGCAAUUGUUCUUAAAAUUAAACAUGCUGUCUUAAAAAUAUUCGAGCAACUUUACAAAAUUUUUGAGCAGCUUUUUCAAUUUUGAGCAACUUUUGAGCAACUUUUUGGCAUAUUUCUUAGCAACGUUUUAGCUUUUCCGGAGCAGAAUCUGGAAAGGUCUACCGCCUGUGAUAAAAUCAAUUGGUUUUUGACGUUCCCGUUGCAGCCGUUGUCGUAGUUGCUUAAGCCUCCUAAUAACGGCUGCGAAAGAAAAUUUUACUGAUUGUACUCGAUAACUCUUUUUUCAGCUUCUAACGCUGGAAGCGAGCUGUUUCUUAGUGCCAAUGAGAAACCUGACUCAAAGUCAAGGAUUUCUGAAGUAGAAGGAGGAUUUCCCACUUAUCCUUAUGAGUUUGACAGGUGAGAUAAAGGCUUCUAUUUAUAGUAUAUUUUGUAAAUGUUUUCCCCACCUUAAACAGAAUAGACUGUGCAGGAUAGUCAGAGAAGGCAAUCUUGAUUUCAAAUUACCGACUUUAAUCCAGGAUUCUGGUCCUCUUUCAAUACACUUAAAACCAAGAUGGCUGCCCCGGUCGGUCAGCGCUCGAUCUCCACCUUACGGAAAAACGGGGGACUGAGAAUAGUCUACUGGAGUAUCAGACUAAAGGACUGAAGGGCGUAACGUACCAUGUUAUUGAUUUCAGUUUCCUUUGGCCGAAAACAGCGAACCGAACACAGCUUAGUCUUAAGAUAAUAAAAAUUAAAAAGUCAUAUUUACUCAUCCCUGGAUCUUAAGAGACAGGAAUAAAUUUUGGUAUAUCGAAACGAGACGAAGAUUAGUCUUAAUUGAUCUAAGAGGCCCUUGGUCUCCGAACAGGUUAGUACAUAUGGAUCACCCAAAAGACACUUUAAUAAGACUUUUGCUCCCGAUCAAGAAAAACAGAUAAAAAGCACCUCGCCAGUACCGGGUUAGCCUGUGUACGGCCUCUCCCUCCUCUCUCAAAUCCCGAUUCUAUGGAGCUUUAGCAACGACGACAGCGACGGCGACGAGAAAGGCAAAAAGGCAGUAGGUUAAUAAGCAAAACAGCAACUCUGCACGUGCGUCUCGCUUUAUCUGUACAUUUCGUUGCUUUCACUGCACGAGUACGGGGGGAAAUUCUUUUCUGCAACGUUUUAUGGAGGACGUAAACUUACGACGACGAAUUUCUCUUUCUCUUUUUUAAACUUAGUGUUGGUCUCUAAGAAUUCAAUUCGAGGGAAAUUCAUUCAAAUGGCAUAUUGGACGAGUUGGAGAAACCGCAACAAAGUCUGAAAAAACGCGGAGUCUCUUUAAUUGAUAGCGACGUUUUUGCUGACGUCAUCGUUGUCGUCGUCGUUUCUAAAGCUCCCUUCUGUUAGACGGGCUUAUACAGAGUGAGUGGGAAACGGGGGGCUUUUUGAGCGGCAGUUUACGGAAUUCAUACCUGAACCUCAAGCCUCAAAGAUAGGAAUACAUUUAUGUUCUCUUUAGUUAUCUUAUUAAUCUAAGAGCCUCUAAGUCUCGGAAGAGGCCGGUAUAAAGUUAGCCUCCCUCCACUCUCUCCCCUAUUAUGUUUGAGGGAAGUAGGUGGCUGUAAACAGGCUAAUACAUAGUGAGCUUUUAGUUUCAGUGACAGGAUUAAAUAAAGGACCAUAUUGGGGACAGCCAGUAAUAUAAUCAACCUUAUGUGUCAUGAAUCUAUGCAGGUAUAGCGACCAAAUAUCACUUCCUAUUCCUCUGGACAAGGGAAAAUAUUAUUACAUGGAAACAAUAAUGAAAGACGAUCAUCAAAAUGAUCACUUAGAAGUUGGAAUGCAGGCACCUAACGGGACAAAUUACACAGUGAUACCUUCGACAUUCUUGAGGACCAGUUUGCCUGUUCCACCCAGUAAGUCUUGAAGGUUAAGUAUUGUUUGUUACUGUUUGCUACAUACUGUUCCAAAAGUAACUGUCAAAGAUUUCGACUGGUGGUCUUUCUCAUUUGAGAGAGUUCGGCGGGAGAAAACUGUCAAGCUUACAGGGACCUGCAACAUAGUUGUCUAUUCACGGUAAGAGCCCAGGAUGAACAGAAAAAGUAAUUGUCGACUCGAAAGAAUUAGCUUUCGAACCGAAAACUGUAUCUUAUCUAAGAGAAUUGUAAAUUGCCUAGUGUAAAGGGCCCUACAAAAAAGUGUCGGUUCGCACGUGUCUUACGAAUGGAUGGAAUCAUUUUCUACUCUGAAGAAUCCGGCAGAGUGACUUAAUUUGUCAAACGGAAAAGUGCAUCUCAUUUAAGAGAGUUAGAAAUUGCCAAGCAUAAAAGGCCAUACAGUGAGUCGUUGACUCCUACAUACCGGUUCCAUAAGUAGACAAAAUCAUUGUCAAAUGGGAAGAAUGAGUUGCCAGUAAACGGAAAUGGGUUUUAUUAGAGAGACUUCAAAGAUCUUUAAAUGAUAUGAAGGACUUUGCAAACUGCAGCGAAGUGUUUCCUACCGUUUGGAUUUUACGAAUGGACAGUCUUUGGGGACUUGAUAUAAUAUAAGUUGCCAAACGACAAAAUAGCUUCUCAGAAAGUCAGCAUGAAAUUUUCCAGCAUGUUGAUUUAAGGGGCUCUAUGACAAACUUCCCGUUCGUGCGACGACUGCACGAAUAGACUGUGGCUUGUUUUUGACCCGACACGACCCCUCCGGAAUCCGGGAAAUUUUUGCAUCUGGAAUCCAGAUUGCAUCAAAUUUUUGCUGUGGAAUCAGGAAUCCCGCGCUUUGAAAUCCGGAAAACAGCUCCUAGAAUCCGGAAUCCCUCUAACGAUUGGAUCCGGAUUCCAAGUUCCAUUGAUAAAGAAUCCGGAAUACGGGACCUUUAAUCUGGAAUCCACGCAGCCUCGUUCCCAGUCUUCCUCGGCGAUUUCGGAAGUGACGUCACCUGUCAAGCUUGUCGGGAAAUUCGCCGCGUACUCUAUCGCACUCGGUUCCAAGCCUCCUCUGGUAACUCGGAUAGCGAGAACUGGCCUGGGUAGGAGGUUGGAAUCCACGGCGUGUCCGAAUCCAUAAUCCAAGAUUGGAUUCCCUUACUUGGGGCGAACUCGACAGAAUAGGUUGUCGAACAGAAAAUGGAUGCAUUUUUGAUUGGUAAAUUUUCUUUUAUCAACAGGAAUGAAAGGAAAGUUUACCGAUUCAGAUAAAAUGGACUCACGCCCAUUAUCACCUGAACGACUAGAGAGAUUUGUUCAUAGUAAAAUUAUAAUCUAAUUAAAUUCUUGCAAGAUAUCUAUUAGCCUCCCACGCAGACGUUCUUAGGGGUUUGUCGUGCCCCACAAAGAACGUCUGCGGGGAGGCUAGAUAUCUAUAGAGCCUUGACAGGGAACGCCCACUUUUAGCGAUUGGAAGUAUCAGCUCGCUAAAAGCUUCCCACGUUUUUCACCCCUUUUUUCUCUUUGUAUGUCCCCCGAAUGACCGCUGGAACUCUAAAACUACAGUAGGCAAAGCAUUCUGGAACACCAAUAACGCCACCAGCAGCAAUGCUAGUAAUACAAUCUAUGGUAAUUUUAAUUUUCAACUGCCCAUGCAAGCUGGUAUUCAAUUGAUUUCUCUGAUAGUUGCCUUAAGGUUCUUCGGGUCAUAUAUUGCUUCAGGUGGUCAUAUAUUGCUUCAGUUUUCGUCAGACAAGAGACUUUACCUUUCAAAAAGUAACAGUGAAACGUCCUUACCAGCCACUAAACAACGACGUCCAAUGAAGUGUACCGCUUCAGCAGUGUUCUACUGCGCAACAUACAAACGGGGUCAAGCAAGGCGAUAAAAGACACGAGUCAACAGGUACGUUAAAUGGUUUUAGCACCACUGUAAUUAUAUUGUCGCUGUUUGUUGAUAAAACUCGCUAUUUAUUGUUUACAUAUAGGGCCAUUCUAAAGCUAAACAGAACUAAAUGGAAUAAGAAAAUAACACGUAAACUUCUUUACUUAAUUGUAGAAUGACAAGGCAAACCGCGCAACUGUCCUGAUAUCAACUUUGAACUGAAAAGUUGACUUGGCAAACACGAUUCUUUGAUCGCAUCUCGAAGUGAUAACCACUUCGUUCUAACCCCAGAUGUAUCUAAUCCUGUUUACCUGUUUAUUUUUUGCGUGGAAUCGCACAGAUAUGAAUGUCAUAGAAUUAAAUGUCUGGACAAACUUUGGUUUUCAGAGUUUUAAACACAUGUUUUUAGAGUAGUCAUGAUUCACGAACUUGAGCUCUAAAUAAAGAACAAAAAACACUUGUUGAUGAAAGAAAAAACAGAUAAUAAAGGAAACGGAGGAAUUAAGUCCAGUAUAUUAUUGGUAAAACGAACUGAAGGCGGGCAGAUUGAUUAGGUUUAUAACUAAUAGUACUCCGUAUUUAGCGAUUUCGAACGCUUUUUUGGAAAUAGCUUUUCGAUCGAUUCAUUGAUGAUUAUGGAGGUAUGGUAAAGACAGAAAUUGCUCACUGACUGUUUAUUUUUAAGAGAUUAGCACUCCCAAAAAAUCGUCAGUCAGCCAAAUGUGCUUCAGUCCUGCCAGGUACGUUAAAAACGAAUUUAAAAUCCGAGGACGGCGACGGUGGCCGGUGGUGACAAUCGAGUGGGUCGACGCUUAAAAUAGUGAAUUUGCGUUCCGGCUUCCAAUCGUCAUCGCAAUUAUUAUCCCGGCCAGAACUCACCUACUUUGUCAAAUGUAGGCAAAAACUUUCCGGGAGUUGAAUUCCUAAGAACUAUAUCCAACUUCAGAGAGAGAAAGAAAAUUUCGACUUCGCUUGUUUACGUUCUUCAUAAAAAGUGAAAUUUGGCAUUAAGUUCUCGUUACCGUCGUCGUCGUGAUAUCUUAAACUGCCUAAAAUUCGAGAUCACACUGUAGGAGAAUAAAUCUGUUAUACAAUAUCACUCAGCUUUGAGUGCCUUUUUUAAAAUUCUAGAAGCUGAACGUGUACUGCUUAGAAAGCGGCGAGCAUUUGGUUCUUGGAAGCCACCCUGUAACAGUGAGUAAUAAAGUAAACUAUAAACAACGAAAAUUCUUCUUGGUAACGUCUUUGAUUGCUAACGAGCCUUAUGCGAGCCAGCACACUAUUCUCUACAAUAGCGGGAAAAAGCCUAAAUUUGUCGGAUGUAAGAUCGGAAGCAUGCGCAGUUGAAUGGUUUUGCUUAUUAUCCGGCGUAAUUGCUCCUGUACGAUGACAUCACGUAAAACGCACUUGGACUUCGAACAGAUUUCAGGGUGCAGGCAGAGGUCUCUCACGACGAGGCCAAAAAUUUUGCCUCGUCGUGAGAGACCUCUUCUAGCAGGGAAGUAAGCGAGAUCUGUGUUAAGCAAUUGCUUUUUUCAUUUUCUAGUUGUCUUUAAAGUAUUCAUCAAUGUCUCGAUCCAGACUGUUUUAGCUAUGAAUCUCGUGGAGAACAGGAGGAUUAUGUGUUUGGCUGCUCUUUUCGCCGAUUCCCAAAUACAUAUGGAGGAACAAAGAUAUCGAUCAUUCAAAUCAUCCUUUUUGGAAAUAGUUUUUUCCCUGUACAUUCAGCAGUAGUGAAGUGCCAGGCAAACAUACUUUCAUUCGGAUUUAACUGCCGACUCUGGCUGCUGGUUUCGUGAGAAAAGACAGGACGGUGCGAAGCAUUAACCUGAUAACACAGCCUUGCGUCUAAAGCUACUUCGGUACAUGCAAAUCAAAGUAUUAUUUUCGCCCGUUGGGGCGUUAAAUCUGAUCGUUAUGUCAAAAUCUGUACAUGUCGAGUUAAACAAUUCAGCCGAUAAUUUGACCACUGAAUUACAUUUGUUCGUUGAGGCGAAAGAAACAGCUUGGAACUUUGGAUUCAAAAUGUAUAUCGCUCUUGGAAGCCAUCUUCUCAUGGCUAACCAUUCAACUGCAAAAUUAUUUGACUGAAGCGUUGGCAAGCACCUGCCACGCAGGCUACCGUGGGGUCCAAUUGUUUUCUUUUAAUCUUCUCGAGCACCACAUUAAACCGUCGUUCGCCCAUUGACCUUGAUUAUUGCUGAAAAUGUAUUAGCAAUGCCUUCGCAACGCCAUUCGCGAACGGGCAAAAAUUGUUGAGAUAGAAGAGCAGUCAAACGCAUUAAAAUCUCUUGUCUUCCUCGGGAUUUACCACUUAACCAGUUCGUGACCUUGAUGAAUACUUGCAUUGGCAAAUAAGGAAAUCUAUAAAAUAUAUCAAAAGGCAAUUCAUUAAAACUCAGGCCUCGUUUUUCAUCUGCUUGCAUUCUGGAAAUUUACUCGAAGGGCUCUUCCCUUUUAUAGCUCUUUUAUGCUAAAAAAUAUCAUAUUUAUUCCUUUUAAAUACUAAGGCUUACCCACCCUCAUUCGCAGGAGUUACUUUCUUUUUCUUCUCUAUUUUCAAACUGUAGUCUCCGUAUUUUCUUCCGACUCUGACGCCAGCACUUACUUGAAAUUGAAACCCCUAGUUAAUACGUUAGUCAGUUUUCUGACUUGUCUGAAGGUGAAAUUACAUCAAAGCAAAACACCCCUGGGCCCAGUUGUUCCAAGGCCGAUUAUCGCUUAACCCGGGGUUAAAUUUAACCCAGGGCCCAGUUGUUCGAAGGCCGAUUAGCGAUUAACCCGGGUUUCUCUUUCUCGUGUUAAAAAGCCUUUUCUCGGAUAAUUUUCUCUGUUAUAUUUAGAGCUUCCAAUCAUCAACUUGUAGACAAAAAGAAUUAAAUAUGAAAUGCUUUUAAUCCCUUCAAAGCUGAUUUCAAAUCUUGCACUAACCCUGGGUUAUCUUAACCCAGCUUUGAACAACCCGGCCCUGGUUUCUUUCCCUUGUGUUCAAAAACAUUUUCGUGGAUAAUGUUCUUCCAAUCAUCAACCUGUAGACAAAAAGAAUUAAAACUGAAAUGUUUUUUAAGCUUUCAAAUCUGAAUUCAAAUCUCGCACUAACCCUGGGUUAUGAAAGGUUAUGAAAGGGUAGAGAUUUCACUUGCAACAUUCCAGUGAAACUGUUUCCAUUUCAGUUACCAACGGCAUCUAUUUGGAAAGAUGGGACCGGAUAGAUUACAAGCGUGUGAAAUUCCUCCUCAUGGCCUCUCGUUAUCCAAGGCUGCCAUCGAAAACAAUAUGUCUUCCUGAUUUCCAGCUACCGCAGAGUUGGGCUGAUUAUUUCGGUACUCGAGCAAGGACGUAUUUUGUUCCACAGCAGACUGGGAUUUACCGCUUCAUGCUUUGUGAGGGCAUUUAUUUUGAUUCUAAAAAUUUGUACCUUAGUCCUUAUUAGGCAUGCAAGAAAGAGGAGGUUAGUUUCAGAAAAAAAGAGACAAGGAGGACAAAGGUCAAUGGGGUUACGGUUGAUCAAAGUCUUUGGAGACAAGCACGGCGGUAGAUCGGUGAAUACUCAACAGUGCAACUGAACAUACCAAACUGAUUCGUAUUAUUGGGGUGUUUGACCAAUGAAGGGGUUUGACCCAGAAAGGCAAAUGUUAUCCAGUCUGCAUAACAGGCGCUGUAUAAGCCAAGCGAGUCGAACGCAGCAUUUUGCGCUUCACGCUCUUGCCGUGUUUGCCUCCCAUGGCUGAUAAAGCGCCUGCUCUGCAGGCUAAUGUUAUCGAAAUGCUACGCAAUGGAAUUGAAAUUAUUAGACAUGCGCUUACCGAAAGUCAGAACUGGCGCGCGAUCGAACUGGUUAUUUUGAAAUUAAAAAAUUCUAGGUUUUCUCGAAAUUUUCCCAAAAACUACCAAUGCCGAAUAUACCCUUGAUGAAUAGGUUGAUUUGGUUGAAUAGUCUUGAUUAAUAGAGCCUAGGGAUUCUCUUUACUACUGUAGCGGUCUGGUCGGCCGUUUCUAACGAUGAAAAGCGCCCUCUGAUCUUCAUCUUACUGGCACAUAGACGAACGGCUGAAUUUCAACAACCAUGUAGCUUCAAUAUGCAAAAAGACAAGCAAGCAGAUCGUAGUCAUUAGUCGCUUUAGAAAGUUGUUAAGCAUCCAAACUAAACUCACGCUAUAUAAGGCUUAUAUUUUACCUCAUUUCACCUAUUGUUCCACAGUGUGGAUGCACUGUGGAAAAACGGCAUCAGACAAACUUGAAAAACUGAUCAAGCGGGCUCUAAGAUUAAUUUUUAAUGACAAUGCUAGUACUUAUGCUACUCUACUGGAAACAGCAAACAUGCCUUCUCUGCACGAUAGGAGAGUCCAGGACAUGUGUAUUCUUAUCUAUAAAGUCAUUCAUUGAACAACACCUACUCCACUUCGCAAUCUGCUGACGCUUAGAAGUAAAUCACGUAAUUUACGGGGCGAAUUGAUUCUUGUACAACCCAGAGUUAUCACCACUAAGUAUGGACUAAACACCUUUAGGUACUACGGACCAAAAAUCUGGAACUCUCUAAAUGAUGAACUAAGAACUUCUCCGACCCUUAAAACAUUUGUAACACGCAUCACAAAGAUCACCUUUGACGCAUGUAACUGCUCUUUAUGUAACUGUUAGACUAUCGUUAAUAUUGUACCUUUUAGAAUCAUUAUCUGUAAACAAUAUCGCAUUAUGAUGUAAAUAGUUUAAAGUCAGUUCAUUUCUUCUUUGUUUGUUUUUAACCUCGACUCAUUAGCUACUUAAGCUAGGAGCCUAAUAAGCUCCACACCCUCGGGUAUAAAUAAAGUUUUCAGUUUUUCAGUUUUUCUCCCCUUCCAGUGGUUUUUUAUUAGCGACCAACGAAUUUUCAUGUUUACAUUUUCCCCUAGUCCCUGUACGGCGUUCUCCAUGGCCCUCUCAGUCAAUAGGGACAAGGCAAAUACUGGAGAGUAAAUAUAUGGCAAACAUAGUAAAAGUUGUGCAAAUCCAUUUUUUCGUGCAAGGUGUAUAACGUGUGCAUGUAAUUUCUCUCAGCAUCAGAUGCCGGUAGUGAGCUUCAUAUUAGUACCAAUGAGAAACCUGUUCACCUUUCGAUGAUUGCGUCGGUUGCGGGAGGACAUCCAACUCAACCAUAUGAGUUUGAUAGGUGAGUUGAAAGAUGUUUUGUACUAGCCUGCGUAGAACUCGCUUGAAAUUAAUGGGCGCAAGAAAGGUUAUUUGGCCUUGACGGGUAUGUGCCGCUGAACAGGGUAUGGUUUUCGGGGUCUUGAGUCUUAAACAGGGUAUAUAGUUUCAAAAUUUAGCGUCUUGAACAGGAUGUCUUUUAGGAUAAAAAGCCUUUAAAAAGGUGUGAAUGGUGGCGAUGAGUGGUGAACAUGGUAUCAACGGGAAUUUUUUUUUUCCAAAAAGUCUCCAAGAUGUUUGUUUAAAAAAUGGUUUGAUAAUGUGUACGGAACGAUAUUAAUAAUAAUAAUAAUAAUAAUAAUAAUAAUAAUAAUAAUAAUAAUGAUUUGGAGGUAGCACAUUUACAAAGUGGUUCUUAGUCUACCCUACCCAGUGUCUUAAGUAAGGUCUCUUGUCUUAAACAGGGUAGCCAGAUGAAUGAUUUUUGUCUAAAACAGAACUAAACACUGCAAACAGUAAACAGUGUACAACUGAAAUAAUCAGGUCUGAUGCUCGCUCGUGCAGUUUGAACUCCGUUGUGCACUGUACCAAUAUACAGAUUUAGCCAGGGCAAAAAACGAAGCUCCUAUUAACUCGAAUUUAUAAUUUAAAUCAAACAAUAAACUUGCAAUUGUAUUUUACAAAUCAGUUAACUUUAGAGCACAUUCAUGUGACUUUUGAGGGAAAGGCUAAGUGAUUUUCGAGAAAAAUAAUUUGCAAACAGUCCAAGCUAAGAGUCAACUUAAUCUUACAUCGAGUUAAUAGCCUUAUAUGUACACCCCAAAAAUAGCAAUCAUCUUCGAUCACAUUCAAGAGCCAUAAUGGCUCUUGCUCACAGUAGAUUAGGCCUGGAAAACAAAUUCUCGGAAAACAAAUCAGGCCCAAUUUUUUGCGCUCGACAAGUUUACAAUUUAUUUUACAAAAUCUUGCUAACAAGUCUGGGGACGUGUAAACCAACCUUUUAUACUUUUUAUACAUCAUCUGAGGUGAAACAGUACCAUGAGGCAUUAUUUUUACAGACCUCGGACAGAUCACAAUUUUGCAAUACAAAUUGUACUCAUUCAACAUUCAGUUCGAUCGAAGCACGCGUGGGCUUUUACCGAAACCGUUAAAAAAAUUUCUAAAAUCACCUAUACGGCUUGCCGGUUCUCACUUUUGACAAGCGCCAAAGUCGACUGUUUAAAUCAAGAUUAAUAGAGUUAUACGCUUUAACAUGAUAAAAAAUUUAUUAUGUUUAUUUCUUUAUUUAACGGUUUUAUAACUAUGUGUAAUCUUCAAAAGCGUUUGAUACACGCAGCAUUUUGACUACUCCUGCAAGCGAUGUUCGUGAGCGACUGAAAACAAACGGCACAGCGAUUAAAAUUGCAAAAGAGACUACUAACAACCAAUAAAAGGAUAAUAAUUCGGUGAAACAUAUACAGAGACAACAAUUUUCAUUCACGAAGACAAGUAAAAAGUGUCUCUGAAAAUCCUUGUUUAUGUUUUAAGCCAGCUUCCCGGCGUUUGCUUUUUUCAAAGAUGAACUCGAGGCAAGAAAAUCGCUCAAAGCUUUCUUUUACAGCCAGAAUUAUAACUAAAUAUUCUUUGGAACGUUUUCUUUUUAUUUGCAGUGAGAAAAUGUCUAAAGGCUUUUUAAAGUUCUAUAAGCUUAUAAUCAAACCUGAUACUUGGUCAGAUCGAUCAUUGUCUUAAAUCUUACAAACGUGCAUAAACUAAAUAGCCGCAUAGACUACGCCCGACAAAUACAAACAUCAAAUACAAACAUCAAAUACAAUAAUUACUCAGGCUUACCAUUCGAGAUGCUCUGAAAACUAUCAAGUAAGGCCAGAAUCGCUUAAGACUUUUCAACCCUCUUACGCAUCAAGCAAGGUGAAAAACGAAAACGAUGCCAUCCGAAUUCGGAUUUCCGACUUUGACAAGCGAAGUAUUUCUCAACCAAAAACCCAAUAAACAAACUAGCUAUGAAUAACAGAAGGCUCUUGAUAGCAGCAGAAUCUCAUUUUGUACAUUCAGCGGAGAAAGACAGUUAAAAACAUCUCAAGUUGACACAAAACUCUGUCAGCUUCAGCUGUCAAAGUAAACAAGUUUCAAUAUGCUGCAUAAAUUUUCCGCAUGAACUCACCUGUCAAAUUUUGACCAAUCAGAGCAUAAAAAUUGGACGUAGAGCGUGGCCAACGCGUGACCUUAGUGAGAAAAGUCAAAAGCAACUGGCAUGUCUUCCCUGCCUGCAAAAACUGGCUGAAUUUUAGCUUCCGAGGUCAGUUUGAAAUCAAAAUUUUAAUUGUGCGACACACAUAAAUUAAAAAAAAUUAAACCUGAGCCUGCGAUCAUUUGAAAACUAGUAACUUGUCAGCGGAUAACUUCAAAAAGAUACUCGACCUCGAUGGGUCGGCACCUGAGCCCGCGAUACGGUCAGGUGAUACUGGUCAGCGGAUACUCUACAGCUGUCAAUUGAUCGCAACAUUGAUGUACAAUAUGUGUGCAAUAUCAGUCUUCCUGUGCUACCAAACUAGCUAGAAAGUGUGAGAUUGAACAUUGGUUUUCCUGUGGUGCGGACGGACGGGCGGGCUGCGGGCGGUGUACUGUCACGUGAUUAACAAAUUUUCUCGGAUGGGUAGAUUUACCUACCCAUGGUGCUCCGCAGGCGCGCUUCGCGCGCCAGAGCUCCGCUAUAAGUCAAUACUUAUUUGGCACAGCGGUCUACAUGUGUGUUACCCGACAAUUUUCUCAAAAAAUCUAAUUCCAUGAUGUUGGUUUGAAAAAUUACUUUAUUCUGUGUGUGGAAACGAAGUGGAUGAGGGUCAUGAAAUUAGGUCUCUUGUCUGAAACAGUGUAGUGAAAUGGCGGCACACCUCUUUCCGAACGUCCCUUGAGUGACCCCGGGUCAAUUUAUGUAGGUUUUCACCCGGGCGGGGGGGAACUCCGCAUAUGAAAGGGGUGGGGAUGCUCGUCGGAAAUGUUGACUUAAACCCUAAAGGAGACCGAUCUGGGCGUGGCCCAAGCUUUUUUUGACCCCUAAAAGAGACCAUGUUAAAACACAGACAAUAUAUCUACCUGGAGUUAUGACAACCGGGUUAGCAAACAUUUUGUAAUUUUUCUCAACUUCCGCUGUCUAAUAGCUUGUUUACUGUGUUGUUUGCUUAUGUCGUUUGCUUUUUUGGCUUGUCUUGUGGUUAGAGAUUUGUGUAGAAGUGGAUGUAGACAGAAUUAUUAAAGAAUUAUUACACAAGUGACAGUUAUCAGUUUGAAAUCAGCGGGCGCUUAAGGCUGGUUUCGGUGCUGUUUAGCAGUUUAGUUUUAUAUAUUGGUCACCUUGAGAAAAGUUUCCCGGAGAGCAUCAUGUAAAGCUCUGAGAUGGGACAAAGUUAUUACGAUUCGCAGAGUCUGCAUCGUCCAAUAUCGUAUUAUAUUCUCGUUUCAUUUGGCUAAACGGAUUAAUCUCCCUGAUCCGGGCUGAGACAGAAAGGUACGAUAUUGUUCGCUUUUCUAAGGUGACCACUAAGUCUUUGGCCUCGGGAACAGGCUCUUAGGAGUCAAAUGAAUUAGUUGAGAGGAAAAUUGCAGCUGAACUUUGACCCGGGCUAAGACUUAGUAUUUUUCUGGUGUGAAAACAAGGCUAAGGUGAUCCGCCGACCGCGUGACUCUACAUCCGGGAACUUGAAUAAGACGAGUGUAAGAGAAAGGUCCAGAGGUGUUUAUCUGGCAAUAGGCUGAGUUUUUCCGAGUUAUUCGAUGAUAUUUCGCUUAUGUUAAACGUGAGAAGAUUAUGCGUGGUUGUGGAUAGUCUUAUCAGUGCCGCGAAAGUGUGUGAUUGUGUGAUUUCCGCAUGCUGUUGACAGGUAUGUGAUUGCGUGGUUGAACUGCGGUUUCGCCAAAAUAUUCUGUGCCAGCCAUUAAUAAUGUUUCGUCGGUGUUUAGCUUAGCUGAUUGUACCUUGGAAAAGCAACUCUCGACUCAGGAAAAUUAGAUCUAGGUCUAGUUUCAGCAGGCUCUAAUGGCAUUGCACCAUAGGCCGGUUUUUGCAGACAAGAAGGUGAUAAUUUGUACACUAUGUUUCAUUCAGUUUGUAGUCUAUUCCAUGCGGAAUCCUGUUGUUUAUCGGACCGCCCAAAAAGUAGUGUUUUGCUAACUAUUUAAGUUGUUAUGUAGGCCUUAACCAGGCACUCUUUCGCUGCAGCUCACUCAACUUAAAAAUUUCUAGACUGCAAUGACACCGGUUUGAAACUUCGCGAAGUCAGUUUACUGAAUAAAUGUUCUAAAAUUUGCGUCCUUCUAAAUUUGGACUCGUUGGAAUGCUUCUAGGGACCAUUAACGCACUGCCCGGCGUCAUAUAAAGGCUUUUAAUCGGCCUUUGAAUGAGUUUUGUUGUUUUAAAUUACCAAGUAGUAGAAUGACUUGAUAUUUUUGCUGACCCGGUUUUCAAAAAUCCAGGUAUAUAUAUAUUUUUAUUUUUUUCGCGUGCAACCCUAAACGAGACCUUCACGGCUAAAUAUGAUGGCGUUUUGCCUAGAACACCCUAAGUGAGACCAAAAUUCGAAAUUUGCAUCCCUAAGCGUGGCGACGAGCAUCCCCACCCUUUCAUAUGCGGCGUCUCCCUCGGGGGUUCAUUUAUACAUCCCGACUUUUACCCGGGAUUAAAGAACCAAAUCGAAGGCAUAAGAGACAUAAUCUAAUCAGCGUUAUACGUAUGGACCUAUACAGGUAUCAAGGCCAAUGUCGUUUCCUAUUUGUCUGGAAAAGGGCAAAUAUUAUUAUAUGGAAACUAGAAUGAAAGAUGAUCACUUCAAAGCGUCAGAUUGGGUGACGGGAUUAAAUAAAGGACUAUAUCGGGGACAACCAGUAAUAUGAUCAACCUUAUAUGUAUGAAUCUAUACAGGUAUAGCAACCAAAUAUCACUUCCUAUUCCUCUGGAGGAGGGAAAAUAUUAUUACGUGGAAACUAUAGUGAAAGACGAUCAUCAAGAUGACCACUUAGAAGUCGGAAUGCAGGCACCUGACGGGACAAAUUACACAGUGAUACCCUCUGCAUUCUUGAGGACCAGUUUGCCUGUUCCACCCCGUAAGUCAGUGACAAUGAACUUUUUCGAUACUGUCAACCUGGCCCGGCUUGUUCAAACGUUGGAUAGCGCUAUCCACCGGAUAAUUCACUAUCCAGCAGAUAAGUAUAAGGGAAACUAAUUGCGCCAUUCAGUGGAUAGAGAUUUAUCCAGUGGAUAGCGUUAUCCACUUUUUGAACAACUGGGGCCUUAAAGAUAAAUGAUGAUGAUGAUGACGAUGAUGAUGAUGAUGAUAAAUACUUGAUUGGUGGGAGGCAAACCAUUAUGAUGCCAGUUGGCUAUUUUAUGAGCUUGGUCGCCGACAAUUGGAACUCGGGAUUACCGAGAACAAAUCAAACUGGUGGUCAGGGCUGGACUUGAAAUCUGUAAAUAACAAGUCCAGCGCUUCAGUGACCUCCCAGCGUGGACUGAUUGAGAGGUCAGAGUGCAGACAAUGGUUGGGAGGAAGAUUUCUCUCGAUUCAGCAGAAUGAGUUGUCGACGUUCGAAGGAAUAAUGCAUAUUGUUAUCAUAAUAAUAAUGCAUGUUAGAAUCCUUCGAAUCGACAACUUCAUUAAGAGGCUAUUGUGACAAUACGCUAGAAAUUUCGUUCUCCCCAUGUGAAGAAAUCUGAAUUCCGGAGUCCCGGAAAUUGUUGCCUGUAGAAUCCGGAAUCCAGAAAUGUUUUCUUGUAAAUCCGGAAUCCUGGCUUUCUGUAGAGUCUGAAAUACAGCUUAAGGAAUCCGGAAUCCCACUAACGAUUGGAAUCAGGAAUCCAAGUUCCACUGACAAGAAUCCGGAAUCCAGUCCCUGGAGUCCAGAAUCCGUAGCUUGGAAUCGACAAUCCAAGACGUUCUUGGAUUCUCUUAUCUGACAAUCGGACUUAAUCCUCUCGGUUGUGUAUUCCCGCUUACAGGACAAGAAAUAUGCACGGGACGAAAAAACGGAUUUACCGAACGUCAAAGGUGAAGUCAAACGGGCGAUAAAGGCCACCUUUGCACAUCUUUGUACAACUUUGACGCGCGACAAAUGUUUACCUUUGCCCGCGAUCAAAGGCGAGUCUUCAGGCGAUAAAGGCCGUUUUUGUCACGCCUUUAACCCCUACCUUUGACGCGCGUUAAAGGUAUAUUUCAUUAGCAUUUGUACCCCUAUCAAAGGCGUCGUCAAAUAUGUCUGAGAUUCAGGCCAAAGGUGUGAUAAAAGCGCGGCAAAGUUAUGUCUGUGAUUAAAGUCAAAGGCUUGUGAAAAGUGUCGUCAAAUGUGUCUGAGCCUCAGGUCAAAUGUGUGACAAAGUUGUCGUCAAAUGCGUCUGAGAUUUAAGGCAAAGGUUUAACAAAGGUGUUGCCAAAUAUGUUUGAUUUUUUUCCGUAAGCUUAACAAAGUAAAACAACUAUGAAGUUUGAAGAACAACUAUUGCAUGCACACAUAGAAAAGAAUGACACGUACCUUUUGAACAAGUUUGUGGUCUAAACUCUAUCAAAGAUAAGGGUGAAAAUAUUUGUUAACAAAAGCUGGACUGCUUCGUACAAAAAACCAGCUUUUGUUUUCUUCAGAUCUGCGUAGUUUGUUUGUUUGCGCGGGCGGAGAGAGUUUGCAGCCGCGACAAUUUCGCGCCAAAAACAGGGUGUCUUGCUCGGGUUCAGUCUUCCAUCGUCCAAUUGUUGAGUCAUUGUUUUGCGUCGCUGUCAUUACAUGGUAUAGUGAUCGAUCAAGGAGAAAAUGAUCCACUCAAGAUAUGACAAAAAAAAUCACUUCGAAAAAUAUUACAUAUUCUAGAACAUUUUCAAAAAUAAUUAUAAAACAGCAAUUACAAUGAUAACCCGCCCGUGUUCGGUAUUGUCGUAUAAAUAUCUUUAAAACAGUAUUCAAAUACAGCUUUUUAAUUUCCUUUCUUAAUAUCAGUUUCGACAUAAGUGUUUGUAGACGUAAUUCAUUGCAUAUUUGCUCUCACCUUUCAGCACCAUUCAAAAGUGUUGUAAAAGUGUAGCGGUCGUAUUUGACUUCAUUUUUGACUAGUAUCAAAGAUGUGGUCACAGCCACUACACUUUUGACUUCAUCUUUGGCGUGCGUCAAAGGUAAAGUCAAAGUUACCAGCAUAUUUGACAACGACUUUGAUAAGGGUUAAAGGAAUAGCAAAGCAUUGAUUCAUUUGACUUCAUCUUUGACGCGCGUCAAAGGAGAAGUCAAAGUUGUUACCAAUUUGACUUCACCUUUACCGAGGUCAAAGGAGUAAGCAAAGAGAUUAUAUAUUUGGCGACAUCUUUGACGCGAGUCAAAGGUGAAGUCAAAGCCAAUACCAUAUUUGACUUAACCUUGGACGCGUGUCAAAAGUGCAGUAAAUCCAAUUUCUCGUCACGUGUAUGGAAGAGAAGUUUUUUUAUGAAAAAGGCAAACAGAUUCAAGUUGACUAUUGGUCAAAUCAGGAAAGGGGACAUUUAUGUCUAUUUUGACAACUCACGAUCUCUAGUGUUUUGAUUCCUAGUUGACAACGAUUUGAUUCAUCCGUACGACGAAUGAGAUGCAUUUUUCCACUGUCGAAUUUAAAACGUUUAAUUCAUUUGUAUGAUUCCAUGGAGUUAACAACUUCUCAACGGCCCAGUUUAUCAAUUGAACACUCCUUUGGGGGCACUAUUUAUCCAUUCAUGGUGACCAAGAAACGUAUUUUUCGGGCUUAUACGUCACAAGUGUGAGUGUGAUCCAUUUGGAAGCACUGUUAACAUCCAAAAAUCACGAUCGAACAAAACAAAACGAAACAAAACGAGCAAACAAACAAAAACACACACAAAGUAUCGAGCAUUUAGCAAAAACUGUUGGACAGAGAAAUCAACGACUGGGCAAACAGGAACAACCUAACGUCAUUUUGAAAAUCAGCAUUCAGAGAAAUACCACAAAGAGUCAAUCAAUUUUUUCGUUACCAGAGGCACAAUGCCAUCUAUUUCCAAAUAGCUAGGCAGCCGAGGCAAACAAGUUUUCACGCAGAGCAGCAAACCUUGAGCAGUACAUGCACGAAAUAAUGUUUCGCAUCUUUAACGGGUGAAUAGAAAACAGCUCAGGCUACUGAAGAAUUAGCCUUUGGCAGCUUUUGAUAGAUAUAUAGUUUUAGCCAAGCCUAAAAGCGAAGGUUCGGUUUUUAAUUUUUUUAAAUUAACGAUUAUUGGAUGAUAAAGGGAUGUUCAGUUCUGCAGAUAUUCUCCAAAUAGCAAAUGUCGUCGGUCUAAUUGUAGUCUUGUUGUUCUUGCUAUGUUUUGAGGCAUGCAGUAGUUACCCUAUGUCUUCUUCGCGAAACGUGUGAAAUGUUCCUCCAUUUUCUACUGCUAUACCAAAACAACUCAACCUCGUCCCCAGGACUUGUCGGUUAACGGUCCAAUUUUCUGGCAUUUAUGCUGCACUAUACACCGAAUGCAAAUAUGGCAGACCUCUCGGCCAGCCCUGGUCUAGUUGCGCACAAGAGAGGCUAGUUAGGCCUCAAGAGUUUUGUUUUGACUGCGCGUCUUAGCGAUUGAGUCGAUCGAUAUGGUUUGCUUCGAGUUGUUGCUUCGCUGGGCACCACCAAGAGAUUUUACUCUAACAGGAACUACCUUUACUUUCCAGAAAAUCUUUUCACAAAGAAAGCUAAGGAUUCACGCGAUUCGGCGCGGCGAUGGGAAGCACUUCACAGCGAAAGUGCAAGUGCAAGUGCAAGUGGUCGCUUCAUUUGCUUUAGGAGAGAUGACUCUCGAAAGUAUUUGAAUGAAAGAAUUUUAGCAAGAGAUGGUGCUGUUCCAUGAUGCUUGCAUAGUCUGUUAUUUCUCGAAAAAAAGGUAAACGUUAUCGAGAAAGGGAGCAUCCGCUGUCGACUUUAAGAUCUUUUAGAUUUCACGCUGGAAACAGCUGUAUUGAAAUAUAGCAAGAAUAGCCGAAAGGCGAUUUUUAACUGGGCUGCAAAGGGGCUAUUUUUUCUGAGGGGAGGGGGCGGCUAUACACACUCAGGCUACCAUAAAACCUUGUAGGCAACCAUUGCAUGCAACAGAAUCUCAUGUGAGACUGAAACAUAAACUCAUUCAGAACAUUGUACCCUUUUGAAAGACUUUCGUAACCAUAAAAAAAGAGUACCAUUUUUAAGUGGGGGCUGUAUAAUAACUUUUAAAUUCCACAAUUAUGAAUAAAAAUAAACAAGUUAGCCAUUAGGGACUGUGCAAUAAUUAUCUGGAGGGGGGUUUUAAGAUUAAUAGGGGGGGCCUGAACUUAAACCAAAGCGCAGGGUGGGGGGAUAUAUUAAACAUAUAUUCAAGAACUUGAGUUAAAUCCCGAGUUGGUUUUGAACAAGCACUUCCGCUUCCCCAACGAAGCAUUUACAGGAAAGCAAGUCCCUCAGACAAGAUUUGUCCGUAUGUGAUGUAAACAGUAAAAAUGUCUCUUGGUCAAUAUUGUCAAUUUGCGGGAUGCCAAAAGUAUCUCCCAGUUGAUCAACCUCGUUUGGCUCCAAGCGAGGUUGACAGUAUCCUUCCUAGUGUACAGUGAAGAAGAUGUUUGUUGAAAAGAAAGUGACCUCUUCUGAUAACCAGGCCAUACGGCAAGCAUGCUUAAAGCUUAACAUCGACGAAAGUUCUUGCAGAAGAUAUCUUCAGCACCUUGAAUUCUUGGCUCUAACAGCAGACAAAAGAAAUCUGGAAAGAAACACCAUUCCAGAAGAUAUUUGUUGGGAGAGCAGAGACGAUGUUGAAAGACUGACUAACAAGCAACUUCGGCUCUAUCUAAGGCAAGAAGGUCUAAUGGUAUCUGGAAACAAGGCACAAUUAGUUGAGCGAAUACUUAAGCAUGCAGACGGUUCUGUAGCAAGAACAUUUGAUGAAGACAUCGAAGAUGAUGAUGAAAACAUGCCCUCCAGUUCUCAUGAUGAUACCUCAAGUGAUUCUGAGGAGGAGUCAACCGAGUAUGAAGGUGGUUCAUCAGGCGACGAUUAUAUGGAGCGCAGCUUCCAAGUUUUAUUUAUUGAUGAUGCAGACAUACCAGAAGUAGUGUAAAGGUAAAGAGGGAUGUAGGGAGGAUCGGAGGUUGGGGAGGGGGUUUGAAAGUAAUCUCCCCUCUAGACGGGGGUGGACAAGAAGUUAUUUUAACUUUAAUUCAGGGGGGUGCAACUUUAUUUUAAGGCCUACUUUGCUAAUUUUAGAACCCCCCUCCAGAUAAUUAUUGCACAGUCCCUUAAUUGUAAGCAGGAAACAAUUUGCAUUAUUUCCACGCACCCCUCCCCCAAUCCCUCUGUGCCCCAUAAUAUAGCGUGACAGUACAACGUGACUAAUUUGACGUAACCGGAAAUUCCAAAAAUUGUUGUCCUUCUACGAGCAUAAAAUGCGACAGACUGAGCUGAUUUACACUAGACAGAAAUAUUGUAUUGUAUGAAAACCAGAAGUAUACUAAAACAGACAGUUAACUGGUCAUUGAUCCCGCCUGAUCCAGGGGGCCUCACUGACUGCACGGAGACUUUACUGCGCUUUUCACAACCAUGCGAACUCUAAAGAUCAAAAGCCACCUUCACAAUUGUGUUUAUCGCUUCCGUCAAUCAUAAUUACGAUCACAAGCAACGAACCUUGAAACAGAGAAACACACAAAACGGAUCGAAAUCCACAAAUCACAAACCAUGAUCUUUUGAACCCGUGAAGUAAAGUUUCGUUUCCUAAGAGGUCCGUUAAGAUGAUUGACAGCAGCGAAAAACGCAAUCGUCGGUUGGGUUCUGAACUUCAGAAUUCGCAUGUUUGUGAAAAGUGCGAUCCUAAUUUGCGGUCCACAGUCUACAUGAAAACGCACUAUUUUUUCCACAAGAUGAAAAAUAUUCAGUUUUAAGAUUUUCCUCAUGGUAUUUUUCUCUAACUUAAAGGAAUAAAAUCCUUUGCAUUUUGAGACCUAAAAAAGUUUAAAGAUUUCUCGCUCGCAUGUUGCGUUCACCAGCACGCACUUCAAACAAUGUAAAUAGAUGAAACGAUCGAUAACAUAUUUUUUACCUUGUUCCGAUGUGAGUUAAAAAUUCCCUCCAGUUUUGUUUGUCUCACCCAAGACUAACUUUUCUUCAUGGAAGAUAACUAUGCCGCUUUAUAACUCGUCCGAAGUUUUUGUGCCGGCUAAACAAUAUGGAAACACUAUUCACAGUGACUCCUUGGAUAUUAAAAAGACUGAACGUGACGCACUAUUAUGCCUUUGUUUACUUCUGAUCACAUCUUCAAGCGAAGUCUCUCUUUUCAAGCGGUUCAUCUCAAUGCGCAAUAAUUGACCCUUAUGUUAUUUAAAAUCCUAUGGUUCAUUUAUAUUAGUGCUGUUUUUGCCACUCACAUUGAUUGUGUUCGUUCGCAUUCAAAACACAUUUACGAAAAUAAAGGUCGUAUAAGUCAUGUGUGUUAUGUUUCGAGAUAAAUCGAUUAUACGCUUUUUUAAGUUUCCAUUUUGCGGUGACUUCAUUUUGCAUCUCCAUAAAAUGGUAAAAGAAAUAUCAAGAAACAUCACGAGAGCUGAAAAUUUUCAAAGGCAUGUUUCUGAAACUCGCUCAUGCUGACAUCAAUAUAGCGUGCUUGCUGAAUGGGCGAAAACACCGAAUUGUGAUCACAAGAUCUUGUACAAAUUUAAUGAUAAAAGCUUAGCAAGAUACAGAUACAAACAAAAGCAAACCCCCUGAAAGCUCGACGUGGGCUACACUUGUAUGCUCUGCUCAGUCACCAAACCUUGUCAGUAAUAGCUCCUAUUUUCCUCAAGUCGCUCUCUGUGAAGCUCCCGGAUGGGAUGUCCCAGUGAAGCUUUAAACUUGUGUGCGAAAUUCUCAGAGUUCCUAUUUUUGUCCGUGUCUUCUUUAUCCUCAGUAUCCGAAAUUUAGACCUCCAAAGUGGCGUGUGUUGCAUUAAAUAGAAGGAAAUAUUUAAAGGAAAAGCCAGUCUUCUAACAUGGCAAAGUUGUGACGUCCCUCGCUAUGGACGUGCGUCACAUCAGGAUUCAUCUUCCAUUCAUCGGCAACUGAGUUGUUCGCUUCACUGACUAUGACGGUUUACAAUCAAGUCUUCAGCCAUAGUGUCAACUGGUGAAAUACUUUUCUCAUAAAUUGUGCUUCUUAAUUGCUCAUGUACUACAUCGAUCGAUAGUUCACGAAGCGGCCACGGCGUUCCAAACCUGACGCUCACAGUCAUCUUUUCAGUCUUAAAACCUUAGAACCUACCGUGAACGGCGUGUCGGUUUGAAUGCAACGCGAGCAUUUCUCUGAGUUUCCCAGCGCCAACAUCAUCUAACUGACUUAAACUCGAACAAUAAAAAAAUUAUAGAGUGACUCCCACGAUUGAAUCGCUUCGAACAACGCAAAUAGCCUUCUUCAGGUUCGCAACGCCUUGUGGGUUUUUCAGGGGGAGCGCAGACGAGGUAGAAAAAGUAUCCGUGCAAGGGUUCGUGCAAGAGAUAUGUGAAACCAUUUGUGAGAACAUCGUUUCUCAGUACCAGACCCUCGUGUCUUCCCUCCCCCGGGAGACCAAUUUUCGACACCGACGAGAGAAAGCCCAUUUUAUGACUGAGCCGCACAGGCAGCCCAGUAACAACUGUGACGAGUGUGAAUGAAACACAACAAUAACAGUUGCCUGUUAAUCCUACAAGCGUGGCCUAUGAAACCAUGUAAGAACUAGAAGGAAGCGACAUGUGUGAAGAAUAGUCCUUUGAUCAAAGUGCACUGAAAAAACUAACAAAGGAAGUGUCGCGAACUAAGAAAGUGAAAAGAAGGAAAAAGCUUCUGGCAGGGAAUGAGCGUGCAAGAAAUUAGAGCAUUGUAUAAAAUUUGCCCUUGCGCGUCUUAUAUUUUUAUUAAGCAACUUGUCGAAGGGUUUCGAGAAUAACAGCGGUUUUCCAAAAAUUGCUACUUUUAUGGCACUACUCAAACUCUUGAACACAGGAUCGUGAAGGCUUUGAAAACAUUCGGCCUCGUUGUAAACAUUUCAUGCACGCUGAGAAGUGUCCCUGAGAGCUCUUAAGGAUUGUUACAGAACCAUCUCUCAGGUAUUCUCCCAUUCAAUAGUUUCGUGAGUCUUCUCUUCUGAAGUGAAGCAAGCACACUUUCCUUCUUUUAACUCCGUGAUAGCAAAGUGCUUCCCUUGGCCUCGCCGAAUCGGUUGAAUCCUUUUCUUUCUUCGUACAGAACCUUCGCAAAGGGAAGAUAAUCAACUUUCGUUUCUUCUGGAGUUAAAUGUCCUCAUUGAUGGCUCUUACUCGCGUAACAACUCGAAGCAAACCACAUCGAUCGACUCAAUCGCUAAGACGCGCAGUCAAAACUAAACUCUCAGUAACUCUUGAGGCCUCAUUAUCCUUGCUUUCGCGCAACUAGACCCGGGCCGGCCAAAAGGUGCGCCAUAUUUGCAUUCGGUGUAUUGACGUCAUUUUCCACAUAUCGCAAACGUCUUCCAAAUUUGGUCAACGAUGGCUGUUUAUGAAGAAUCAACCGUGGGAUUUGAGGCAAUCAGAAAGUGAGAAAUAUCUGGAAUGAAUAAAUAAGAAAUUCGAUCGUAGAACGUCAUGAGAUUAGUAGAGAGAGAAAAGCCAAGAAAGAAAAAAAAACAUAGUCGAAGAUAAUAAAUAAUUAACGAAAUGAUAGGUUUAUUCAAGAUUCAAAUUUGAAACCCUUACUGGCUAGGUAAGGUACGCACUUACCAUAACGCUACGUAAUGAACCAGAACCUCAAGUAAAAACAACAUUGCUCUCAACGAAGAGAUAGAUUUACGUACGUGCUUACCAAGACGCUACUUAAUGAACCAGAUAUGAGCCUCAAGUGAAAAAAAAAAUUGCCGGAGGAAAACAAAGUGUAAAGCCGGUCAAGCCGUAUUAAGCGUCAAGCAUGAAUUCAAAGUUGUAUUUCAGGAAAAAAGCAGGGGUUUGACUGUAGAGAGCCGAAUUUGGACCCCUUUGUUGCAUUCGAAGAACAAAUGCCCUGUAGAGCCGAUAUACCGACGAUAAAACUCGACUGCUAAGUAAGACGCAAAACAAAUGUUCUCUUAUCUCGGUCUUAUUUUGAAUUUAACGGCCUAGAUCGCUUCCAUUUCUGUUUAAAGUACUUCCAUAGUCGAAAUUUUUCGCCAAAAGCAUUUCGUGGCGGCUAAAAUGGCGUUUUUUGCGGGGUUUUGUUUACUCGCGGUCUUUGCUAGGUAACUGUGGACACCCGUGAGCUCGAUAUAUUGCCGCUUCGUGUUUCAGGCUACCUCGCUAGAGAUCCAGGCGUAUUCAAGCAUGAUCCGAAUCCCGCCAAAAUUGUAAACCUCGCAUGGCGAGGAACUUAAAAGUAAACACUGACUUUGUUUAUUUCGAUGUAAAGUUAGUUACUUUUUUGUGCUUAUGAACAGAUAAUAACUUCUCCUACCAAGCCAUUUUGCUUAAGGUAGCCGCGGAAGCUGGUGCGAAGGCUGGACUAUCUUUUGGCGAAAGAUGGGCCAAGAAAACAGGCGCAAAAGCAGGAGCUAAAGCUGGUGCAAUGGCAGGAGUACAAGCUGGAGCAUGGGCUGGAGGAAUUGCAGGAGAAAACGCAGCCAUCAGAAUGAUCACAAAAACACUGGAGGAUGGGUUAAACAAUCUUCAUGGUAACGACGGGCAUAAAUAUAAGAUUAACGUAGUGGAUGGUAACGUGGUCUCAGUCACUGGACCAGGAAUGACAGGAGCCAGUGCAGCUGCAGGAACAGCAGCGAAUGCUUGGGCUGGAGGGGCUGUCGGGUUAGGUGGGUCUGGUGGAGCCGGCGGAAGUGCAGGCUCGGCUGGAACUGCUGGAACAGGUGGGACGGCUGGAGCUACUGGUAGUGGUGGAGCUACGGCAGCUGCUGGAAGUGCAGGAGCAGCGGCAGGUGCUUCUGGGGGAGCCGGGGGAGCCGGUGGAGCCGGAGGAUCAGGGGGUGCUGUAGGUGCUGGGGCUACUGGGAGCACCGGUACAGGAAGUAGUUCGUCUGGUGGUGCUGCAGCAGGAGGUGCAGCGGCUGCUGGUGGAGGACGCUCUCAGGUUUCCGGUGCGGCAAGUGUAGGCGUUGGAACUGGAAGUGCUGGAACAGGCGGAGCCAGCUCUGGCACAAUGAAACCUGCCAAAGUGACGUAUAUACCAAAACCAGGAGAAGAUCCACAAUUAAUGGCACUUAAUUUGGUCUGGAAGGCCGGGGGAGCGAGGAAAAGUAAGUCAGAUAAUGUUAUCGAUACUAGAAAAUGAAAUUUUGCUUUGGAAAACCCGCUAAUGUAUGGAUAGACGGUGUAGCUGUUUUUACAAGACUAUUUUUACGUUUAAAAUCAUUCUAUCAAAUUACUAAGAAUCCCAUGAUGCAUCGCUUCAUACUAUAUUACCAAACUUCCGAACGCACGUGAUCGUAUCAGUCCAACAGGGACGUGACAGUUGAACAACGGUGGAAAGCGACUUGUUUUGCCGAUAAAACUUUCUGUACCUUUGCUGUGUCGAUCUAUUUACGAUUUUAGUUUUACCAUUCCAAAUGUAUUUCUUGUUUAGUCAAAGAGAGUGGUUUGGUCGCCGACUAUGAGUUAACUAGCCUUACGAUAGCAAGGCAGUCCACGUAAACGUUCUUAGAAGCUAGCGGGGAAGGUCUUUGCUUCAGUACGUCCUGUUUUAACGUGCGUUGAUAAAGCUCUCCAUGGAUUAACAAGCGAUUUCGACGUACUUGUCGUGACAUAAAUACAUAUUCUAGGUGUGAGAUUUCUCUUCGUUGCUUGUUUGUGAUCGCGGUGCUCAUAUUGUCAGUUCGAUAAUUCAUCGAUGCAGUACAUCAACCGUACGGUGACCGCACAUGCUUUUAC